AUGGGAUGUGGGUUGAGACAAGUUCGUUUUCACGAAGAUGGUUUGUUGACUACUAUUGGAAGACAGGCCUUUUGCGAAUGCGCGUCAUUGACCGAAGCCAGCAUUCCGUCUACUGUGGAGGUCAUUAAAUCUAUGGCCUUCCAGUGGUGUGGACUCUUGGCAAGAGUGUCCCUCCAGGAGGGUCUGAAAAUUAUUGAGAUGGGUGCGUUUUUGGAUUGUGGCUUUGAAACAGUAGCUAUUCCAAGAAGUCUUGAGGUCUUGGGCGGCAUUGCCUUCCAUCUAUGCUGCUUGUUGCAGGAAGUGAAAUUCGAGGAAUGUAACUUGAGCGUGAUUGGCAAACAUGCCUUUAUGGAAUGCUUCCAAUUGCACACAAUCAGCUUUCCUUCCACUGUUGAGCGCCUUGAAUCAGGGACAUUUAAACUAUGUCAUUCUUUGCGGGUAAUCAAGUUUCAGAAUGGUCUCAAAUAUGUGGCAGACGAAACCUUCUACUCGUGCAAGAAUCUGCAAUCGGUUGCACUACCGGAGUCGGUAGAAUUGAUUGGCCUGAAUGCUUUUGCAAAGUGUCCCAAAUUGGUGUCUGUUGAAUUUCGGGAUGCCUCUAGAGCUGUUACUAUACACAACGAUGCCUUUGCAGAAUGCGUGUCGUUGACAAACAUUUGUCUACCCUCCGAAUCUCGCCUAUCAGCAGGUCGUCCUGACGAUCACGGUGAGCGCAUCAACAGCUUUCGAGGAUGCACAGCGCUAGAAGAUCAAUAUGGCGAUACAAACACUUCGCUUGCCCUGAUGCAUCGCUUCGACGACUUACCGAUACACAAGAAAUGUUAUCACGCCUCUGUUACAACAGCAGAUGAACUCGCUAGGGAGAUUGAGUCGUCAGUGCAGUCUUCGCAAGACAGUACCCUUGAUCAUUUGGUGGUAGAUCCUUUCGGUAUGACACCCUUUCACGUGCUGCUUUCGGCUGCAAACUGCAGACUUGAUCUUUUGCAAAUCCUGCUAGAUGCGUAUCCACCGCAUGUGCUUGGAUGGAAAGACGUGAAUGGAAAGACUGCCAUUGAGUACUGCUGGCAACAGAGCUGUAAUCUGACCGAAGACUUUCGGCCUAUUUUGCAAGCAGCUCUGGAAAGGUGGAUGGUGGACUCGAUAUCGAGUUGGAAAGGAUUGGAAGCGUGGAAAUCAGACAUGUCGAGCAGGGUGAAUGCGAUUGUUGCUGAGGAUGAAGUGGAACAAUGA